AUGGGACGGCGCAAGUCCAAGCGGAAGCCGCCCCCCAAGAAGAAGGUGACCGGGACCCUGGAGACCCAGUUCACGUGUCCCUUCUGCAACCACGAGAAGUCAUGUGACGUCAAGAUGGACCGGGCCCGGAACACGGGGGUCAUUUCCUGCACCGUCUGCCUGGAGGAGUUCCAGACACCCAUCACUUACCUCUCAGAGCCUGUGGAUGUCUACAGCGACUGGAUCGAUGCUUGCGAAGCUGCCAACCAGUAACAAGGGGGGGGCCCCAGUUCCCCCCCCCCCCAGCAUCAGCCCUGGACACUGGGAAGGGCUUAAGGACACUGGGAGGGGGGGGUCACGUUCCCCUACCCCAUUAUGGGGGGGUCAUUCCGGUUUGUAGCUCUGUGGCCCCUAUGGUGUCCCCCCCCCCAACCCAUAGGGAUGGGACCCCCACUUUGGGGAUGUCUUUUGGGGGGGGGUGUCAGUGAAUAAAUGCCCUGGUGGGGCUCAGUGUUCUUGGUA